AUGAGCGUGCCCUGGUCUGUCGAAUAUAACAAGACAAAGUUUUGUUUCAUACUCGAGAAAAAAGCCAACGUCGUGCUUGUUCUGUCGCAAUUGGACGACCGUUAUUUUGCCGGCCUUGCAGGCCAGUAUGAGUUCGAGCUUUCAUUUCGGGUGCACAGGGCCGGCGAAGAAGAUUAUAUUGUUCGAUCUCAUGGCGGCUAUUCGAUGCGCCGAUCCGUGACUGCAGAACUGGAACUCGAAGCCGGGGAGUAUCAUGUCCUUGUGAAAAUAGAGGCCACACGUAACACUAAUGCCUCUCCCGUUGAAGAUGUAGUUCGCAAUAAUGUAAAGGAGAGACGGGAUAAGCUGUUGAGAAUUGGUCUAGCAUAUGACUUAGCGCAUGCGAAGGGAGAAAUCAAGGAGACCGAAGAGGAAAAGAAAGGACGCAAGAAGGCCGCGGCUAUUAACAAGGCUAAAGAGAAGAAAACGAUGAGAGAAAAGCUAGAGCAGGAGAAAAAGAAGAGCCUGAAAAUGGAACAAUGGGCUCCUUGCUCUUCUGAGUUGGGACCUGUGUCAUGCCAGGAUAGGGGGCAGAAGAUGAAGCAAGGACACUAUAUACUGACAUUGCCCCUCGACAGAACUCACAACGACAACAAGGAGAAACGGAAGCUGCGAGCUGCUGACUUAAAGAGGAAGGAAAAGGCUAAAGCCAAGGCCGAAAAGCUGGCUGCUGCGAAUAAAGAGAAGACGCAGAAAGAUACUUCUAAACCAGAAGCGAAAGCAAAGGCUGUUAAAGAGACAAAGUCUAACCAGAAGACAGAAGCCAGACCAGCCGAGCCAGAGGCAACCACUGUUGAGAGAGAAGAGCCAGUCGCCAAUGGACCUGCAAAUGAGCAAGCAUCCGGAAAGUCAGAGACAGCUAUUGCCGCUCAUGUGACUGGCGAAGCGACUGAGAAGAACGAAAACGAGCCUCCUUCCAUCGAUUUCACCGAGAAGUCCGAGGACACCAACGCGGCAGCUUCAAAGACGUUAGAAAUUCCCAUUAUUAGUGCAAGGGCCUCUGUAGCACCGUCUAUCUCGGGGUUUGAUUCCGAUGGCGAAUCAGACAUCGUCUCGGUAAUCUCAGAUAUUUCAUCUGGGGUCGUCUCAGACGCGAUUGCUGAAGCCAGCAAACUGGUGGCCGAGGCAGCCAAUGUCGCUCCUCCACCGCCGAACUCGGAUGACGAGGAUGAGUUUGAAAGGGACCCUUGGAACGCCAUUGCCGUGGUCGGGCUGCGAGUCUACAGCAAGGAUAGUGGGGUAAGCGUCAAGGUAAUUCGGCCAAGGGAUUGGGAGCAUGUGGAAGGCAAAGGGGAGGCUAAGCUGGAUGUGGAUGAUUCUGCUGCUGAUGCUACGAAGGAUAUUGAGUUGAAGGGUGGAGCGCAGGAGGAGAGUAAGAAGUAA